AUGCAAUUUUUUUUUAUUUCAGUUGAACACUUUUUUUUUUUCUAUCUUUCUUUUUCUUUUUAUCAUUAUUGUUUAUUUUAUCCUUCCUUCUUAAUUAUAUAUUCCACGAUGUCUGAAGCUAAUGACACAAUUGCCAAACAAAUGAAUGUCGAUACUGACAUUAUCACAUUAACACGUUUCAUUUUACAAGAACAACAAAACGUUGCUCCAACCGCUACUGGUGAAUUGUCAUUAUUGUUGAAUGCCCUUCAAUUUGCUUUUAAAUUCAUUGCGCAUAACAUCAGAAGAGCCGAAUUGGUUAAUCUUAUUGGUGUUUCUGGGUCAGCUAAUUCUACCGGUGACGUUCAAAAGAAAUUGGAUGUCAUUGGUGACGAAAUUUUCAUCAAUGCCAUGAGAUCUUCCAACAAUGUCAAGGUCUUGGUUUCAGAAGAACAAGAAGAUCUUAUUAUUUUCCCAGGUGGUGGUACUUAUGCUGUUUGUACUGAUCCAAUCGAUGGUUCUUCCAAUAUUGAUGCUGGUGUCUCUGUUGGUACAAUUUUCGGUGUCUACAAAUUACAAGAUGGUUCUUCUGGAUCUAUUGCUGAUGUCUUGAGACCAGGUAAAGAAUUGGUUGCUGCUGGUUAUACCAUGUAUGGUGCUUCUGCACACUUGGCAUUGACUACUGGACACGGUGUCAACAUGUUCACUUUGGAUACUCAAUUGGGAGAAUUCAUCCUUACUCAUCCAAAUGUUAGAAUUCCAAACACCAGAAAGAUCUACUCUCUUAACGAAGGUUAUGCUAAGAAGUUCAACAAACAAGUCAGAGCCUACUUGGACCACCUUAAAGAUGACGGUUAUUCUGCUAGAUACAUUGGGUCCAUGGUUGCUGAUAUCCACCGUACUUUAUUAUAUGGAGGUAUUUUCCUUUAUCCAACACUUAAAUUAAGAUUACUUUAUGAAAGUAACCCAAUGAGUUUCCUUGUUGAACAAGCUGGUGGUCUUGGUGUUACUAUUGAAGGUGACAGAAUCUUAGAUAUUGUUCCAAAAUCCAUUCACGAAAAGAGUUCUAUUGUUAUUGGCUCCAAAGGUGAAGUUGAAAAGUUUUUAGAAUUUCUUAAAUAG